AUGUUGCUCACCUCACUGGUGCUUACCGUUGAGCUCCUAGGAUAUCUCAAAAGUGUUUUGUUCGAACCACGAUCCGAUCCGGCACGUACUGGACGAGUUCCAUCCCGUAAACGGUCGAGAGCUGGUCUUUCAGUUGAAGAUCGAAGCGUUACCUUCCCAUUGAAACUUCAGGAUGAAGUAACCAUGUCCUCAUCAGCUAUGGUGUAG